AGUCUCUGAUAGCCAACUCUCGGAAGCAGACCGAUAAGCGCUUUUCGGGCAAUUCCGCCAAACCAAAACAACUGAAAAAUACCCAACAGCCAAGUGAAAAGCCAAGCAAACUAAGUUGUAGCCAAAAACCCAAGACAAACGGGCCCUCUUCUGGUGUUCCGUUUAGUUUUUUUGGGCAAUUUUGAAGCAAAAUAGCCGCAUUCACAAAGCGAAACGCAAAAAACCUAAAAGUCAAAACAAAUCAGUGCAGCAGCCGCCAAUUGCAUCGCAUAUUGCUCUCUGUGUUGUGUCAGUGUGUUGUGUGUAUAAGUGUGCGUGUGUGUGUGAGUGCUGGUAAGAAAACUGAGAGAAAAGUGAAAAGUAACGACCGGCAAAAGCGCGAAAAACGAAAAACAAAAAAAACUUUCCCCGCAGGAAACUCGAACUGCAAGCUGACGUUACAAGCGGUCAAAAUUGGAUUAUGCUUAGGCACAAACGCAACUGCCACGCCAUUCAGACGCCCAGCGACGCCGAGCAUGUGAAGUUAAAGCCGCAUUUUCAUCCGCCCCAGUGGCUCCUGCACCGCGUCACCUUCUCUUUGGAGCUGUAUCACAAGAAUAUCAUCAAGAAACUGCCCAGUCUUGGCCAAUUUCACGUUUACCGGCUGACCAAGAACGUCUGCCAGACUUAAGUAAUACCCAUAACAAAUAUCCCCAUAUAGUCCGCAAUAAACUCCACAAAAAAGACAAAGUGCGUUUAAUAACCAUUACAAAAAAAGUGUAACUGAUUGGGAAGAAGUGUGCAACAAAUAUCCACAAAAUCAAAUACUCAAGUGCAAUAAAAAAAGUAAAAGUGAUUAAAGUGCGAAAAGAAAAUGUGGCCAACCAUUAAGGCCAAGAUCAAGUUCUAAGUUCAAAUAAACAGACGUAAAAAAAGACUAGAAAAUCUAGCGUGUUUUAAAGCGCUGGAAACUAAAAUAACCCCCCCUGAAAGUAGUAUAACCGAACGUACAAAAAUGUCCACCGGCCGCCGUUUGGCCAAGCGCUCCAUCAUCGGCACCAAGGUGUGCGCCAAGGGUCCGGAUGGCCUCUGGUACUCCGGCACCAUAUCCGACGUGAAAACGCCGCCCUCGUACAGCGGACCGCUCUCGCCGCCGCCGCCGCCCACUUUUGUGGUGCCCGGCGAGGCACCGAUUAAUGCCGAUACGCGCUACCUGGUCCGUUUCGAUUUCAAGACCGCCGUCGAGUCCCCAACCGCUACCACGUCGUCCGCGGCCUCGACCUCGUCCACAUCCUCCACAGAUCCGUCGGUCAUCGUGGAAACGCGUCGCGCUGCCAACGUACACAUCAGUCCCGCUCAGGCACUGCGUCGCAGCGCCAUGAUCAAGGAGUUCCGCGAGUCGGAUCUUAUUGGACCCGGAUUCCGGUCCAUCAUGGACACCGAACUGCAGCCUGGCCAGCGGGUCUACUUCACCUACAAUGGACGCGAGCAGAGCGGCGAUGUCGUCAAACACGACGCUACCAAGGAUGAGGUGAUUGUCAAGAUCACAACAGUUGGAAAUGAGGAACCCAUUGAGCUGAAGAAGCGACUGGAGGAAGUGCGUCUGCUGGAAUCGCGACGCUCCGCCCGUCUGGCAGACCAGGAUCGCGACACGGACUUUGCCAGACUCGCCGACAUGAGUGGCGAACGCCGCAGAACCACCACACACAGUAUUGAGGUGCCAUCGCAGCUGACGGCGCAGCACAAUUCCCGGAAACGUCCGCCCAGCGAUCACCAGGACUACGGCAACUAUCUGGAAACAUGCCGUGCCGCCGAGAUUCUGUCAUCGAUGAAGUUGCAGAGUCCGCAUGGCUCAAUGGCCGACAAGUGCUCGAGUCCCGGCAGCAGCUCUUCGGCUUCCUGGAGCUCCGGUUCCCCGUCGCCGCCAUUGAGUGACGACGGCCACGCCCACCACAGCCCACACAAUAUCAUGUCGCCCCACGAUGCGGACAACGCACGCACACGCACAGCAUCCGUGUCCACGUCGGACGAGGGCAUUGUCAUCGACUACAAGGAGGAGCGCAAGAAAAAGUCCAAAAAGUUCCGAUGCGUCUAUCGAGGAUGUGUUGGCGUGGUAGACGAUCUCAAUGGAGUCGUGCGUCACAUUAGGAAAACACAUUUGGGAAAGGACUCCCAUCGCUCCGCGGAUGAUGACGGAAAUGAGGAGGACUUCUACCUCGAGGAUGCCGACGACGACGUCGAGCAGGUGAAGCCCACUCUGGCCUCCGAGCCGACUCUGAGUCACCGGGACAUGGCGCGUCCGCCGCACGAGGAUCCCGAGUACCAGAAGCAGAUUGUUGGCAACUUCAAGCAAGGACGCGGCGGUAGCCACUAUAACCAUCUAGCGCAGUCGCACGGACGCACCAUCAGUGGCAGCAACAUCCCGAGCACCCACCAGCAGCAGCUGCAGAACAACAACACCAGCUGCAUCCCCACUUCGCACCUAGCCCACCACAACUACACAUGCCCGGCGGCGACGGCGACAGUGGGCAGCUACUCCUCCACGGGGACGGGGUCGGUGGCGGCCAGUUCAUCAGCCUCGCCGAUCGGCAAGCACGCUCGCUCGUCGUCCUCCCGUCCGACCCACUCGGUAGCGCCAUAUCCAUCGCCGACGUACGUCCAGCAACAGCAGCACCACCAACACACGCACCACCACAAUUACGCCGGCAGCAGCGGCAGCAGCAACAGCAGCAGCAGCAGCAGUCCAGUGAUCCACAGCAAUAGCAGUGCCAACAACAUGCUGCAGCAGCUGUCGCAGCAGAACGUCACAGUGACGGCGCACCACAGCCAGCAGCAGCAGCAACUGCAGCAGCAGCAACACCACCAGCAGCAGCAGCAACACAGCCACCAACAGCAGCAGCAACAUCUCCUGUCCAGUGUGACGAUCACGCCCAAUUUCCAUCCGGCGCAGCAGCAGCACCACCACCAACCGAUGCGCGGCCACCAGCAGCAGCAUCCACAGACAACUGCCGGCAACAUGGUUGCCCAAAACAACAGUAACAACCACAGCAACGGAAGCAAUCCGCUGCAGCAGCAACAGCACAUGGCGCAACAGGUAGCCGUCAAGCAUACGCCCCAUUCGCCCGGCAAGAGGACGCGUGGCGAGAACAAAAAGUGCCGCAAGGUGUACGGCAUGGAGAAACGCGACCAGUGGUGCACCCAGUGCCGGUGGAAGAAGGCGUGCAGUCGCUUCGGCGACUGAAAGCGACAGAAGUCGUCGACGGAGGCGGCAAACCAGGCGUCGGCGCACCAGUCCAAGGCAGCAACAGCAGCAUCAUCAGCAGCAUUAUCAUCAUCAGCAUCAGCAACAGCAACACCCAACCCAGAAGCAAUAUCAGCAACUCCCAGCCCGGCAGCAACAUCCUCAACGUCCUCUAAAAUGACCACCACAGUGGUGCGUUUGGCGGCCGAGGUGGCUGCCGGCAAGCAGCUACCCUCGUCGUUGACCAUCAAAACCAACAAGCGCUACGGUGGCCCGGUGCAGCAGCAGCAACAACAACCGCAUCCGUAUGCGGUCACCGCCAACAGCAACACAAUUAGCAAUCGGCCGGUGCGUAUACGCAGUGUGGCCACCUCGGUGAUUGUGGCGCCCAUUGCCUGCGCAGCAACGACGACGAACACCACUCCCAGCCACAUGGAGGACACGGAUGCUGACGAGGAUGCUGACGAGGAGCUAGAGGAGAUGGAGCAGGAGGAUCAGGAGCAGGUGGAUCCGGAGGCGCUCGAGGAUCAGGAGGAGGCACAGGUGGCUGCUGCCAACGGCCUGCUGGCCUGGAGCCGAGCAGCCGCCAAUCAGCAGCAGGCGCAGGCUGUGCUGAUGCAGGGCUAAGUCCACCUGAGCCGCCACCGAGUGCACCGAUAGCUUGCUGACUCCUGGAUGGCUGUCGGUGGCAGCUGUUGCCACCCCGAGGACACAAAACGCAAAAAUGCAAAUGAAAAAUGGUCUCUUCUUAUUUACUCUGCAUUGAAUUGUGCACCUUAAACACGUAACGGUAUCUCUUUUGUUGUUGUGCAGGUGUUUGCCAACUGCCGUGCAAAUGUUGCUGACAUUUGCGCCCGGGCAACAUUUGCAAUCUACAAUAAUCUAAUUAUUAUUAUUAUAAUUAUUAUUAUUACUAUUAUUGCAGUGCGUAAAUAUACAUAUACAUAUACAUAUUUAUUUCUAAAAUGACUUUGUUAAUUCUUAUGUUAAAAAGCUGAAAAGCAGUUGGCAACUUUUUAUAUACACAAAAUGCGAAAGCAACAAACAGUUAAAAUACGUAUGCCAGCUGUUUUUUCAUAAAACAUAAC